AUGGGUCUUGAAACAUGUCAUUGUGCCAAAUAUUUUCUUAUGGCCAUUACCAUUUUUUUCUGGAUAACUGGUAUCAGCCUCAUAAGUCUUGGUUGUUAUUUGGUGACACGUCCUGAUAUACAGCAAACUGUUCAAUUAUUAAAUAUUAAAGCCAUUCCCAUAUCACCUAUUGAAGUGGCUGCAUUAUUAAUCAUCCUUGCUGGAAUAAUUAUUUUUCUAAUUGGAUUAUUUGGAUGUUGUGGUGCAUUUCGAGAAAAUCGAUUAUGUCUAGCACUUUAUAUCAUCUUUGUGUUAUUAGUUCUUAUUAUCCAAAUAGCCGCAUUUAUCAUUACAGCCAUGUUCUAUAGUGAAUUUCAGUUCGGUAUACGAAGUCGACUGAAAUCAAAUAUUAAAAAUUAUAAUUAUAUUAAUUCAAGUCCAUACGAGUAUGCCAUUGAUUCUCUUCAAAAACAGUACAAAUGUUGUGGUAUUGACUCGGCAUAUGAUUAUGGAGAACUACGUUUGCCCUCAUCAUGUUGUUCCUCAUCUGCACCAUCAACAGAUGAAUUAUCAUCUCAGUGUACGAUUAAUGAUAUCAAUACUAAUGGUAUAUCAGGAUGUUACGCAGCAAUUGCUAAUUCUGUUAUUCUAUGGGGAAAAAUCAUUAUUGGCACUAUUGUCGGACUAUGCGUGUUAGCCGCAGAAUACAAUUUACUACAAAAACAACUAGUUCCUGGAUGCAUUUGUAUUCCAUCUGCAGCAACAAAUCUCACUUGGUUUGGUGUUCAUUUCGUGUCACAAGGGCCCUAUCAAGCCGGUAUUUUUCGUUUCGUUAUAACCAUACCAGACAACUUUCCUAAUGGUGAUUGUCCGCGAGUAACAUUUACACCGUCAUUUUAUCAUCCGUUAGUUAAUAUUGAUAACGGAGAAUUAGAUGUCAAACGUUAUUUUCCUGUUUGGAAUUUCACACCUUGGAAUGAGAAACUCCAGUCGAUCCGUCAAUCUUUACUUGAAGAAAAAAAGGUAAAUUUGACACAUUUAUUAAAUUCGCGUUAUCCAUUUGAGGUCAAUAAUGAGAAUGGCACAGAAAUAGACCAUAAACAGACAGAGAUCAAAGGCGAUAAAUAUCAAUAUUCCAUCUAUAUCAUGUCGCGAUCUCCUUUUCCAUAUUUUACGUUGGGCACAAUUGUGAAAGGCUUUGGUCGUGGAAGUAAAGAGUUGGGCAUACCAACAGCUAAUUUUGCCGAAGAUGUCGUUGAAAUAUUACCAAAGGAAAUUUAUCAAGGAGUGUAUUUUGGAUGGGCACAGUUAAAUAAUGAUAAAACGGUUUAUAGAAUGGUUAUGAGCGUUGGCACAAAUCCAUUUUAUAAUAUUGAGAAAAGGGCAAUGGAAGCGCAUAUAUUACAUAAAUUUCCGAAUGAUUUUUAUGGUGAAACAUUAAAAGUUGUUAUAUUAGGCGAAAUAAGAAAGAUGACGUCAUUCAACAGUGUUGAUUUGUUAUGUUUUUAUGAUAUGAACGAUAAUCAAGAUGAUGUUAUUAUUCUGUCAGAUGAAGAAGAUGUUCAAAUUGAGUCCGUUGUCAACGCAUCGAAAAACCGAUGUAAACAAAAGAACGGUAUCGCCACUAAAAACCAUGUACCUGCUGUAGUAACCAGACCAGUAUCGAAAUAUCGACAAAAAGUCAAUGAUGAGAAGGCUAUAAACCAUCAAAAUCUACCAUCGAAAACGAAAAAAUCAUCGCUAUUGACGUCAAAGAACAAUGUAUUAACUAACAACAUUGAACAAGCAGAACAACAAGUUCAGAAACGAACACCUGUAUUAGUUUUAAAAGAACCUCAAUCUGAUUCCUAUGGCAUUCAACGCGGUUAUACAAUCGAGCGUCUACACGGCGUGAUAAAAAUGAGUAAAAUUCAUAUAACUGAGAAAAGUUUGCAAACGAAUGUGACCAAUGUCUAUGCAAUGCCUUUUAAUAUUCUGUACAAUGGUUCGGCAAAUAUAAAACGACAUUUUACAGAUUCAGUUCAAGAAUGUUGUGCUGCUUCAAAUGUUGGUGGUGACGGACAAACGACGGAAUAUACAGCAUCAUUCCGAGGACGCCCACUGAAUGGUAAAACAUUAGAAUUACCAAAUGAUUAUGUUGGCCUUAUUUGUGAAAAAGAAAAUAAUGAACAUUUAAUAUCAACAGGAACGUUUCGUAAAAUAACAUAUUUUAAUCUGGAUUGUCCUACUACAGAUAAUGAUUGUAUUGUUCAAAUUUAUCGUAAAAAACAAAGUGAUGUUAUGCGUUUUAUAUUUCGUAUACGUACGUGGCAUUAUCGUCAAUUAGCCGCUGUUCAUCGUGCACCAAAAUCCACACGUCCAGAGAAAGCACGUCGUAUGGGUUAUAAAGCGAAACCCGGUUAUGUUAUUUAUCGUGUACGUGUUCGUCGUGGAUCACGUAAGAAACCAGUACCAAAAGGGCAAGUCUACGGUAAACCCAAAACUCAAGGUAUCAAUCAGUUAAAAUUUCAACGAUCAUUACAAUCGGUUGCCGAAGAGCGAGUAGGAAGACGUUGUUCAACCUUACGUGUCCUAAAUUCAUAUUGGGUAGCACAAGAUGCGACAUAUAAAUUUUAUGAAGUUAUUUUAAUUGAUCCAUUUCAUAAAGGUGUACGACAUGAUCCAAGAAUUAAUUGGAUAUGUAAACCAGCCAAAAAACAUCGUGAAUUACGCGGUUUAACGUCAGCUGGAAGAAAAUCACGAGGACUUGGAAAAGGGCAUCAUUAUUCGCAAACAACUGGUGGAUCAAGAAGAAAGAACUGGAAACGUCGUCAACAGCUCAGUUUACGAAGAUAUCGUUAA